CUAGAGAAGUGGGUAGAGAGGUUGCUGGGAAAAUGUGACGUGUGGGUCCCAAUGGCCUCUGUCCCUGAUUAUUCAGUUAUUAUUUGAUUUAUGUGGUCUUGCCGCUGCCCUUGCUUUGACCCUCAGAACGGCUGUGUGGGAAGUUUGUGUCUCUCAGAUAGAGUGAAGCACUGCUCUGCAAAGUGUUUGGAGCCAAUGUGAAUGCAAAGAAACUGAUAAAUACAGAAAAGACUCUCUGUUCUCCAGAUGCACCCCAAAGGGGAACUAUAAGAAAACACCUCCUUGGAACUAGGCACUGUAACAUCCCAAACUGAAUGAAGCAGUGGGAGCUAGAGCAGACUAUGGCAAAUACCUUUGUGACAAUACCUGAUGGGUACUGCCUUAGUGAUCCAAUCCAGUAUUAUGAUGCCUUCCCAGAACACAUCAGUUAUCCACUGCAAGAUCUUGACUUCCAAGCUGCUCCUUAUUGCCAGUAUUCAACCAUUCAGUUCCCUGCAGCAUUACAGACUCCAUCUCCCCAAACACAGUACAGCACAUACAACUUGGAUUCUCAAUACAGUGAUGGGCAAUACAUCAUCAGCAAUUGUGAACUUAGUAAGCCCACCUGCAUGGGUGCCCAGAAUGAUGGGGGAGGAUAUCUUGGACAGAAAAGACCCAGGCUUAGUCACUCUGCCUUGCGAAUAAAGGGACAGGAAGAGCUCUGUGUGGUUUGUGGGGACAAGGCUUCAGGAUAUCAUUACAAUGCACUCACCUGUGAAGGCUGCAAAGGAUUUUUUCGACGUAGCAUCACCAAAAACGCCAUCUACAGAUGCAAGAAUGGUGGUCACUGUGAAAUGGAUAUGUAUAUGAGGAGGAAGUGUCAGGAGUGUCGCCUAAAGAAAUGUAAAGCUGUGGGAAUGCUGGCUGAAUGUCUACUAACAGAAGUCCAGUGUAAAUCAAAGCGCCUCCGAAAGAAGAGUAGCUUCUUUUGUAGCAUCAAAAUGGAAGUUGAGGGAGUGGACAACAAGCAUGUAUCCUCUACAACAAAACCUUUAAAAGUGCAGGAGCGAAUGGAACUGACACCUGGAGAACACCAGCUCAUUGACCAUAUUUUGACUGCCCAUCAAAAAUGCACAAUUCCCUUGGAGGAAGCAAAGAAGUUUUUGCAGGAAACUGCCAACCCUGAAGAGAACUUCCUACAUCUUUCAGAAACAGCUAUGGUUCAUGUCCAGGUACUAGUGGAUUUUACAAAAAGACUUCCAGGAUUCGAAAGUUUAGCCAGUGAUGAUCAGAUUGCAUUGCUGAAAGGCUCCACAAUUGAAACAAUGUUUUUACGUUCUGCCCAGAUAUACAAUGAACAAGGGAUUGAAUGCCAGUCAUCAUUCCAUGAAAGUCAAGUAAAAUUUUCUGCCAAUGCUAUAUGCGCUCAAGAUAAAAGUACUUACUUAGGACUGUCCCAUACUGAAGAAAGCCCAACAUCAACUACUACAACAGGUAUCACUGAGGAGUUUAUCACUGCACUAUUUUAUUUCUACAGGAGCAUGGGAGAACUCAAUGUGACAGAGAGAGAGUAUGCAUUGCUUGUUGCAACUACUGUGUUUUUUUCAGAUCGUCCACUCCUAAAAAACAAACAACAUGUGGAGAAUCUCCAGGAACCCUUUUUAGGAAUUCUGUACAAGUAUUCAAAGAUAUAUCACCCUGAAGAACCACAACAUUUUGCCCGUCUGAUAGGGCGACUUACUGAACUCAGAACCCUCAAUCACAACCACUCAGAGGUCCUAAUAAGCUGGAGAACAAGGGAUCCUAAGCGGAUACCUGUACUUUGUGAAAUAUGGGACUUGCAUUAAACAACCUGCCAAUUACUUAAGUUGUUACACAGGACUGUUUUUUCCUCAAAAUAUGCUGUUUCCCAAUUGUUGUGCUUGUAU